AUGGCGCCCAGAGACGUCAACCGCUACUCGCUCUUCCGUGACGGUGAGGCAGAUCUUCCGAAACCUUUUCCUCCCGGGGAUCCUUCCAAGAACCCGUUUCUCAACCAAGUAGCAGACAAUCCUUCGCCAUGGCAAGAUGUCAAAAAGCGUGGAGGUCCUCAAGCACCUGUUGCGGUACCAGCCCAUACACUAGUCAUCAAAGAUUCGGACAGGCCAGCAGAUCUACGUACGUCAAGUAAUACACAGGUACGUUCGCGCGCCGUCUCCAGUGCCACAACGGCCAGCGAUAAACCAUACGACCCACAUGAGAACUGGUGCGGCGCCUGCAGCGUAAGGUUCUCCAACAAAACUGGCCUACAAAACCACAUCAAGCAAACGCCAGACCACAAGCACUACUGUAACCUCUGCGUCCGCGUGUUCAAGGACCGUAAUGGUCUCAAGAACCACGUCGACCACACCAGAGGCCACGAGACCUUCUGCAACCUUUGUCUCAGCGCCUUCAAAGAUGAAUGGGGUCUGAAGAACCACUUCGAGAAUAACUACCAGGUCGACCAUCGGUUUGUGUGCCUGAUGUGCCUGCUAGGCUUUCACAGUCAAGUGGAGCUUGAUAGGCACCUGAAAACUUCCAAGAAGCACACUUGGUGUAUGACGUGCAAGAAGCCGUUCUUUUCUCAAGAAGACCGCGACAAACACUGGAGGACUACGACAGCUCAUAGGCACUGCCUUCAGGUGGGCUGCGACUUCGAUGCUCCUGACCUUGCUACACUGGAAGGACACUAUGAACGGGACCACUUUAGAUGUGAUGGCUGCAAGCGGAUUCUCCCGAGCCAGACGAAGCUUUACCAACACCAGGAAGUCUGCAACUUGCCAGUGCCGUGUCCUCAUUGUGGUGAGCCAUGCGCCGGUCAGGGCGGACUUGCUCGACACCUCAAGCAAUGCUUUGCUUGCGAUGAUUGCGGCUUCUAUACACCUCAGGAGAGUAACUUGCACAUUCACAUGACGAAGCACGCUGCCGCUGCGAUCCCAUGCUGGGGCUGCAGCCUACCCAUGCGCAAAUUCUCGAGCCUGAUUGAUCACCUGGAAGCCGGCGCAUGCCCCGAAUUUCAGGACCCUUCACUCCUCCUACAGGCCGUCGGCGAAUGGUGGUACUCACCACUGUUCAUGGAUCUCGACAUUCACGCGCAGAUCCGCACUGGCCGCAUCGACGUCAGCGAGGUGCACGAGUGGAUGAAUGCUGGCAUUCUGAUGCCGUUCAUUUGCCGCGAAGAGGGCUGCAAGAAGGCGUUCGGUCACUUGAGCUCACUAGUGCUGCACUUGGAAAGCCAGAUUUGCGGCUGGGAUAUUGAGCGCCUUAAUGCGCCUGGGCUGGAGGCACUGUUCAAGGGAGGAUGCUUGAGGCGAGAUAGCUGA